GAAGGCAAAGGUAUCUGCUGUUUAUAUACUUACAUUUAAAAAAAUGAUUAAAAGACUGGAACGAUAGUCUAUUCGUCGACACUCUGCGUAAUGGCCUUAAGCGAUAAUGACGAUAUAAACGCACAAUACUGAAAGUCGCUGUGCAUUUAGCUGAGGGCUGUAUUUCCUUUUCGUUUUUUGGUAGGAGUCCAUAGUGUUAUGUAAAAACAGCUUCCCUAUGACGCGUUAAAAUAUGGACGGGUGGACCGCUGUCUCGGAAAAUGACCGAUCCAGCUCCGAGGCGGAGUACAUGCUGGAGAAUGGUCUAGAAGGUGAGACCCGGGAAGCGGUGGACGGAGAGAAGCGGUGUCAAGUGGAAAGGAUGGAGGACGUGGGCACCACUGCCGUCGGGUUUGGGAUAAGUGGGAUAGGUGAAGGUAAAGUGGUGUUGGGUCGAGUCGGACAGAGAGAAGACAAAGAACUCCGGUACUUGCACUUGUUAUGGGAGCCCGGACGAGAAGAGCUUGGCUCAGGGAGUGUAGCGAGCAAGCUGGGGAAGAUGACGGGAAGCAGGGCCAGAAGACACCACCGAGCAGUGCGGAGCCUGGAUCCUAUUGGUAAAGAUAUAUAUGCUGUAAAAAGACUGAGGGAAGCAGCCAACAGCAACGACAUCGACACAGUGCGAAAGCUCCUGCAAGAUGACAUAGACCCCUGUGCAGCAGAUGACAAAGGAAGGACAGCUCUUCAUUUCUCUUCCUGCAAUGGCAAUGAUGGCAUUGUGCAGUUGCUGCUGAGCUAUGGUGCUGAUCCCAACCAGCGAGACAGUCUGGGGAAUACUCCUCUUCAUCUGGCUGCCUGUACCAAUCAUGUGCCUGUGAUCACCACACUGUUGAGAGGAGGAGCCCGUGUCGACGCCAUCGACCGAGCGGGCAGGACCCCGCUGCAUUUAGCACGCUCCAAGCUUAAUAUUUUGCAAGAGGGAGAUUCACACAGCUUAGAGACCCUGAGAGGGGAAGUCACACAGAUUAUUCAGAUGCUCAGAGAAUACCUGAAUUUGAUGGGCCAGAGUGAAGCCAGAGAGAGGCUGGAGCACAUUUCAACACAGCUCCAGCACACACGCACUAGAGAGCAGGUGGAUGAAGUAACUGAUUUACUGGCCAGUUUUACAUCACUCAGUCUGCAGAAACAGAAUUUGACUGACAGGGAGAAGAUAAGUUGAACAUAGAGGUGAAGCUCUGCUCUUUAUCAAGCAUGUCAAGCUAUCCCUUCUCUGGUCUCAGACACAAGCAAAAGCUCAACCAUCAUGUUGGGAUUAUCGGUUCCAAAGUAUGUUUUGAGGUAGUGCUGUCUCCCAGUGGUUCCCAACCUAUUUUAUUUGAGGACCCCAUUCAUGCAAAUGCUAAAAAGCCAUGGACCCCUUGCCCCACUCCGUGCUGAAACCAUGCUUGGUUUUAUGCUUUCAAAAAUGAGAUUCUUACCAUAAAUGUAUUCUGGCUGAGCCCUGUGCUUCAAUAAACAAAAGUUUAAUCAACAACAAAUAGUCUUACUUUUUUCUUAACAUAGGUACAAUGUGUGGACAUUAAUCACAAUGGCUUUGGAUGUUCAAAGGGGGCGAGGGGGUUCCUGGACCCCGGGUUGGAAACCACUGCUGUAUUGGACAAUUGGACACCUUGUUUGGUAUUUUGUAACAAAGUUGUCGUUACCUUUGUUAAAAUGAACAGACCUUAAAAUGUUUGCUCUUUGCAGAUUUUAAAAAGAAAAGAGUGUCCACUUAAAAAAAAAAAAAAAAAACUCUUCAAGGCAAAACGCAUCAAGAACCGAGAGCUACUAGAACAGAUGAUAACCCAGAAGUGGAGUGGGACCACGACUCUUUAUUAGGUGUGUUCGAGUCAAAGUGUGUGUCUGUGUGUACACAUUCUUUUUGCUGAUGUUAAAUUGACAAAUUCUGUGAUUAAUAUGACACAAAAUGAU